AUGUUUAGUUUACGCCUGAUAUUGUUAAUUGUUUAUUACUGGUCAUUGAAAAUAACGGCCAAACAACAACCAAUUCAAAUGGUUACAUUGGGACGUCCAUUUCGUUUGGGCAUGCUCUAUGAUAUGCGUAGUAAUAAGAUAAUCGCUGGCGCUGCUCUAUGGGAUCCGCAAAAGUUGGCUAACAAUACAAGCACAUAUAAACAACCAUAUACUGGCUAUGAAAUAAUCGCUGAAGAUUCAUUACAAAAUAAGGCACACGCUUUAGGAGUCGAAGCUAGUUUAAAAUUAAGUCUACUUGGUGGUCUAGUCAGCAUUUCAGGUUCUGCAAAAUAUGCUGAGGAUUCUCAAAAAACAAACCAUGAAACUCGUAUGACACUAAAAUAUUCAACUACAACACAUUUUGAACAAUUAACAAUGAAACAUCUUGGUAAAGGUAAUCUGAAUCAUUCAGAUUUACAUAAUGCAGAUCUUGCAACACAUGUCGUUACUGGUGUGCUUUAUGGCGCCGAUGCAUUUUUUGUAUUUGUUCGUGCAGUAUCAAAUAAUGAAUCUAAAAAAGAAAUUAGCGGUAGAUUAAAAGCGAUAAUUAACAAAAUACCAACAUUUCGGAUCGAGGGAGAAGCUAAAUUAAAUAUGACCGAUCAAGAAAAGAAUUUCGUUGACAAGUUGAAUUGUAAAGUUUAUGAUGAUUUUCGUUUGAGUAAAAAUCCAAAUACCUUUAAUGAAGCUCUUAAAAUGUAUCGCCAAUUACCGUCACUGUUAGGUAAAAACAAUGAAAACGCCAUACCAAAAAAGGUGUGGCUCUAUCCAUUACAUUUAUUGGAUAAUAACGCUAUGCAAAUUGUUCGAGAGAUUUCAUCGAAACUGAUUGACUACUCAAUAUCGGUGAUUGAAAAUCUGCAUUCUUUGGAAGUAACAGCAUUAGAUUUAUCAAAUAGUGCGAUGUUUACAUAUUUUAAUCAUAUGAAAAAUCAUUUAUUGGAUUUUACCGCGCGAUUGUUGGAAUUGCAACGUGAGUUGAAAGAAAAGAUUGCAUUGUAUCUACCAAAACUACGUGGGAAUACUGAUAUUGAAGAAUCUGUUUUAUUUAAUUUGUUUAAACAAGUUGAUUCAUCGCCAUUUAAUAAGAAAAAAUUAGAAUCAUGGCUCAAAGAAAAGCGAGAAGCAAUUGCGAUAAUCACGACAUUGGUCGAAAAUCUCGUCAGAGAUAGUAGCGUAAAUAUUGCGAUUAAAUCAUCAUCACUAUAUGAAGUCAUUAGUGACCCUAGAUAUGAUUAUAUUUGCUGUCUUUCAUUUCGUUUCAUUGACGAAAAUGAUUCACAACUUAGUGAUAUGCACAAUUAUGUAAAUGAUAAGAACAAUCUUAACUCGUCGAACAGCCGUCAAAAACGCAAAGCAUGGUUUGAAGAUCGUCGUAUUACGACAAAAAUUCGCAAAAAUGUACAACAAUUUAUAGAGUUUGCUAAAGCGAACAGUGUUGAAAAUGGAAAAAUAAAAUUUAUUGUUGCUGAAGAAUAUUCAGUUGGUCAUAUUAAAGGCGCUGAACUUAUUCUCUACGAUGAUGGAUCAAAAAAGAAAGGCUUUAUCGUACCAAGUAAACCAGAUGCACCGUAUGCGAAAAAUGUUACAGACAAUAGUAUAACUCUUGGAUGGGCAGAUGCAGCUAGUGGAACCGAAAAAGUAAAGAAAUACAAAGUUAUGUAUCGAAAAUAUAGUGGUGAAACAUUAUUCGGUAAAAAUGAAAAUGAGAAAGAAGAAAAAUGGACUGAAAUUUACACAAAUGCAAAUCAAAAGAUGAUAAUUAUUUCGAAUCUACCAUCCAAAACGACAUUUGUAUUCAAAGUGCAAUCUAUAACUGCAAUCGGACUUAGUGCAAUCAGUGGUCUCAGCAAACUGAUAGAAACACUGACAAAGAAACAACCGAAAGGUGUGAUUCCCAAUAUUCCAGUCAAUGCCCGAUGGGCACAAAAUGGAGUGACCGUUGCUGGAGGCAACGGAUAUGGCGAUGCCACCAAUCAACUAUACUACCCUGUCGGUCUCUUCGUUGAUGAUGAUCAAACGAUUGUCAUCGCUGACUACUACAAUCAUCGUAUCAUCCAAUGGAAGAUGGGUGAUACGAAUGGGCAAGUAACAGCUGGUGGCAAUGGCAAAGGAAAUCGAUUGGAUCAAUUGAGUGGUCCAUCCGAUAUAUUGAUUGACAAAGAGACUGAUAGUUUCAUUAUUUGUGAUCGAUUGAAUCGACGAGUCGUACGAUGGUCUCGUCGUAGUGCCACAGCUCAAGGAGAAAUGCUCAUCGACAACAUUCGUUGUUGGGGAUUGGCCAUGGAUAAUCAGAGAUAUCUUUACAUCUCUGACACCGAGAAACAUGAAAUAAGACGAUAUCAAAUAGGAGACAAGAAUGGAACUCUCAUGGCUGGUGGCAAUGGCCAAGGUGCUGGUCUCAAUCAACUCAACGAUCCGACCUUCAUGUUUGUUGAUCAACAACAGACUGUCUAUGUGUCAGAUAACGACAAUCAUCGUGUGAUGAAAUGGAAUAAAGAUGCAAAAGAAGGAAUUGUCGUCGCUGGAGGUCAAGGUGAAGGAAAUGCUCUGACACAAUUGUCGUAUCCUCAAGGACUGUUCGUCGAUACGUUGGGUAACAUCUAUGUGGCAGACUCGUUGAAACAUCGAGUGAUGCGUUGGUCUAAAGGAGCGAAACAAGGCACUGUUAUUGUGGGUGGAAAUGGCUCCGGACAAGGAGCAAAUCAGUUUCAAUUUCUGCGGGGUUUGUCCUUCGAUCGGCAAGGCAACCUCUAUGUCGUAGAUUAUUGGAAUGCUCGUGUUCAACGAUUUUCUAUUGAAUAA